CGUUCCCGUUCCCGUUCCCGUUCCCGUUCCCGUUGCCGGGUCCCCGCCCCGCCCGUACCUCGCUAGGCCGCACCGCGCCUCCGCCUGUCUGGGCCUCGUUUCCGGCGCGCGUCGUGACGUACAGGAAGAGGGGGACACGCCCCGCUCUGUCCGUCGCGCGCUAUGCUGCUGUGGCGGCGCUUGGCGGCCCUGAGGGGCGAACGAGCCCCGCGGCGGUUCCGAGCGGGGGGACCGAGACCGGGACCGAGACCGGGACCGGGAUCGGGAUCGGGAUCGGGAUCGGGAUCGGGAUCGGGAUCGGGGCGAACCAUCGAUGGAGGCGGUGCUCCUCGGCCGCUUUACAUGGAUGUCCAGGCCACCACCCCACUGGAUCCCAGAGUCCUGGACAGCAUGCUCCCAUACCUGACAGCCUACUAUGGCAACCCCCACUCCAGGACCCAUGCCUAUGGCUGGGAGAGUGAGGGUGCCAUGGAGAAAGCGAGGCGGCAAGUUGCAGAUUUAAUAGGAGCUGAUUCACGGGAAAUUAUAUUUACCAGUGGUGCAACAGAGUCCAAUAAUAUGGCAAUUAAGGGUGUUGCAAGGUUCUAUAAAUCCAGAAAAAAGCAUAUCAUUACUACGCAAACAGAGCACAAGUGUGUGUUGGAUUCUUGUCGUUCCCUGGAAACAGAAGGUUUUCGCAUCACUUAUCUACCUGUUAAAAAAAAUGGGCUCAUAGAUCUGAAGGAGCUGGAGGCUGCAUUUCAGCCUGAUACAAGUUUGGUUUCUGUAAUGACUGUAAAUAAUGAAAUAGGAGUAAAGCAGCCAAUUCAUGACAUUGGUGAGAUCUGCCGUGCACAUAAGGUUUUCUUCCACACGGAUGCUGCACAAGCGAUUGGUAAAAUUCCUAUGGACGUCAACAACAUGAAAAUUGACUUAAUGAGCAUCAGUGGCCAUAAAAUUUAUGGGCCCAAAGGGGUUGGUGCUCUCUAUGUUCGCCGUCGACCACGUGUCAGGCUAGAGCCCCUGCAGAGUGGGGGAGGCCAGGAGAGAGGACUGCGGUCUGGGACUGUGCCCACACCUCUAGCAGUGGGACUGGGGGCAGCAUGUGACGUGGCACAGCAGGAGAUGGAGUAUGACCAUAAGCGAAUCUCACAAUUGGCAGAACGAUUGGUUACAAAAAUAAUGAGUGAAGUUCCUGAUGUGGUGAUGAAUGGAGAUCAAAAGCAUCGCUAUCCAGGAUGCAUCAAUUUAUCUUUUGCAUAUGUGGAAGGGGAGAGUCUUCUGAUGGCUCUGAAAGAUGUGGCUCUGUCUUCAGGAAGUGCUUGCACAUCAGCUUCUCUGGAGCCUUCCUAUGUCUUGCGGGCAAUCGGAACAGAUGAAGACUUGGCUCACUCAUCUAUAAGGUUUGGCAUCGGUCGUUUCACUACAGAAGAAGAAGUGGAUUAUACAGUGCAGAAGUGCAUACAGCACGUGAAGAGGCUGAGGGAAAUGAGCCCUCUCUGGGAAAUGGUGCAGGAUGGAAUUGACCUCAAAAGCAUUAAAUGGACUCAGCACUGAGAAAACAUUGCUAUCCAUGGACUAGAUAUGGAUUAAAAUGCAUUUUUCUGCACAGUCUUGAGCAAAUUAUGCAGCACUUCUGUUUUCUGACACUUGCAGUUUGACUGGAGAACUACCUUUUCAGACCACAAAAUCUAAGAAGCCAAAAAUAAAACUAGUUUUUAACAUGGAAAAAGGCAGGCUGAUACAACACACAUUGUGCUUCUACUGACACACAGAAAUUUAUGCUAAAAUGUAAUUUAUUCAGAAAUGAAUUUUCUAAUGAGAAAAUUAAAUCACCGUGUUACUCCUAGGCCAGUGAAUUCUGGCAAGAGGUUGCUUCUUGGUGUAAUUCGUCCCAAGUCACUGUUGUGUUUGCACCACAGACCUGUUGCAAAUUUGUUAUCUUUGAGGUAGGUAUCCUGCAACAUCAGCUGGGUUUUGCCUCUCAAAUGCCUUGUACUGCAAGAAAUUCUCAGAUAGGAGGACACUUGGAUCUCUAGAGGAAAGCGAUGCCUCAGUGUGGCUAUGUGCCUUCACAGAUAAGUUUUAUGUAUAGUUAAGAACAAUUUUUUUCUGAAAUUUAGUAUUUUUGGCCUAUUUUCCUUGGUUCUUUUGUGUGUGCAUCUUUUUGUGUGUGUGUGUGCAUUAAUUCAAAAGAUUCUUCUGUGUUCCAGAGUUUAUGAUACAAUCAUGAUGCACUUUGCUGUCCCCUCCAUUGGUUUUUUUCCAUGCAAUUUUUUCUUAGUGAGGUUAGAAAACUUGAAUGACUGGGGCAGGGGAUAGGCAGAAUAUGUCAACUUUGGUGGCAGCACCAGUUUGGUGGCAGCAUGAGUGGUAGAGGUGGUGGGGAGAACAGAUACAGUGCAAUGUCUUAAGGCAGUCUGGGGUUUUGGGGUUUUUUUCCCUCCCCUUGUCAUGAGAUCUUUGCUGUUACUUGGUUUGCCUAUGGGGCCUUUGGUUUCUGUCGCUGCAAGCAGUCUGCCCAGCUCAGCCAGUAUAUUUUGACUGGACAUAAGAAAGAUAAGAACACCUGGCACUGAAGUUUGUAUCCGUGUUUCUCUUUUCUUCCCUUUGGUGAUCUUUCCAUUAAGAAACCCAGCCCUGUAUGGCAAAGUGCCUUUUUUUCAAUGCAUAAACAAAGAGCUCUCAAAUUAGUUGUGUUGAUUGAUGGAUGCUGUGUGAGCUGCUGAAUUUGGUAUACCCCAUAGACAACAUGUUCACCUUCAGUAUGGGAUGGAAACUACCUCGAGGAUCAACCAUGUUGUGUAAAACCUGAAGCUGAAUCUCACAAGAUGGACUGUGUUACAGAAGCUUGUGCAUUUUUCUAACUAAGGACAGAUUUAGCUGUUUGUAAUGCAAAGCUAAUCCUUGGUUGUUCUAUUCGAAAUUAUCAGCUUUAGCAGUUUUAAUAUUGUAGUGCUGGCACCUUAUAUUUCAUCACAAUAUUUUUUAAAAUACCAUAUGCAUAAAUACAUUUUAGCGGUGUUGUAUGUACUCUUUCUCAUGCUUGGGCCCCAUGUAUUUUCUGGAUUAAGCAUGUGAUAACAUGCUUUCUUAGCAUGUUUUAGAAAUAUAUGUUUAUGACUUGUUCUUUGUGUUUUGAGAGUGAUAAAAAAAUACACGUAAGAAUUAAACUUG